UACAUGUGUAAACUGAGUUAAUAGAAAAUUCUGUAGAGCAGCUUUAACUCCAGAUCGAUCAACGAUCAAAGCAUGCGCGCUGCUUGCUCCGUACAGUUCAGGAGGGUCGUGCGUCAUUCGCAAAUAAAUAAAUAAAAAACAGAAGAACAAAAUGGGCAGAAGCGCAGCUUUUUGUCUUUAACUUUUUGUGGCUGGGUACGCAGGGACAUAAACCCGGCUGUUAUUGAUUGUUUCAGCCCCUGAAGCGGAUAAAGACGGUGCAGACCCCCGUCCUCCAGGGCCCAUCGGUGGCACCGGGCUGAUUCUGAAUCACUUUAAGACCACCCGUACCGUCACAUCCACUCGGUUCAGCUUCCUGUUGGUGACCGCGCACCGCUAGGGAAAUCAUUUUACGCACCGGCACCAGCAGGCGCACAACGCGACCGAGGAGAUACGUGCUCCUCCUGUUGCGCCAUGGAGAAGCCCAGCGCACAGGGAGCUGCCGUCACGGACUUGAUCUCGUAUUCUUUGAGGCAAACUGUGGGUCCCCGGAAACAGAGCGUGAUAGAUGGAUUUUCGGUGACCAGUCGGACCAUGUUCCUUGAGGGCAGCGCACUCAGGACUGAUGCUGGCUUCAUGGCCGCUCCCCAGACGGAACCUCCUCACCUUGUGCCUGCCUUCUGGGACUCCCCGCUCAGCCACGGCAUCAAUGUGUUCGUCGGACUGGUCCUUUGCUUCACCAUGCUGGGCCUGGGCUGCACCGUGGAGGUUAACCAGCUCGGGGAACAUAUCCGCAGACCCAUCGGGGUGCUGCUGGCGCUGGUGUGUCAGUUUGUCAUCAUGCCUCUGGUGGCUUUUCUCCUGGCUUUAGCCUUCUCUCUGGACGAUGUGGCAGCGAUGGCGGUUCUCCUCUGUGGCUGCUGUCCUGGAGGGAACUUAUCAAACAUCAUGUCUCUGCUGGUGCACGGAGAGAUGAACCUCAGCAUCAUCAUGACCAUCUCCUCCACCCUGCUGGCGCUGGUCCUGAUGCCUCUCUGUCUGUGGAUCUACAGCCGGGCGUGGAUCAACACGCCUGUGGUCAACCUGCUGCCCUUCGGGGCCAUCAUCCUGACCCUGUGCAGCACCCUCAUCCCGAUUGGUCUGGGUGUUAUGCUGAGAUACCGCCACACACGUGUGGCCGAUGUUGUUUUAAAGGCAUCCCUUUGGUCCCUGCUGGUCACCCUGGUGAUGCUGUUCAUCCUGACCGGAGUGAUGCUGGGGCCCGAGCUGCUCUCCACCAUCCCACCCUCCGUCUACGCGGUGGCCGUCCUGAUGCCUCUGUGCGGCUACGCCGCGGGCUACGGCCUGGCCGUGCUGUUCGACCUGCCCCCCAACAGCCGCAGAGCUGUGUCCAUGGAGACGGGGUGCCAGAACGUGCAGCUGUGCACCGCCAUCCUAAAGCUGGCCUUCCCCCCGCAGCUGAUGGGCGGCAUGUACAUGUUCCCCCUGCUGUACGCGCUCUUCCAGGCGGCGGAGGCGGGCCUCUUCAUCCUGGCCUACAGGCUGUACAGGAAGGAGGUUCUGCACAAAUCAGACCCCUUAAUGGACGGCGACGAAACAGACAUAACAUAUCAAAGGUUCCACGAUGAGGACUUUGAGCCGUCUUACGGUGCCGUUACAGUGAGCGACCCGAACGCCAUCAUGCUAGAGCCCUGCCCUCCUGACCCCACGCCCGUUUAAUAUCAUAGAAACCUUUCUUUGCUGCUGCUGCUAAGGGAGUAAGGUGAACAUUUUGAUUGCUGUCCCUCAUUAAAGAAAAAAACAAAACAAACAGGGUAGGGGAAGAUGAAUGUUUAACAUUGACGUGAUGCUUAUAAAAAAGGGGUGCUUUAUGUCAUAAGCUUAAUUCAUCCAAGGUAAUCUCUGAUGUCUUUUACAACGAAACAACAUUGCUGUGCCCUGUGGAGUAAAAAAAAAGAAGAAAAGAAAAGAAGAUGUAUGAUCAUGUGUAUGUUUUUCAAAACAGGGGCUAAAAGAUCAUAAAAAAAACAUAUCAAAGUUAUCCAUGUGGAAACAAGCCUGUGCCAAGCUGAUCAAACUGUGUCUGUAUAGAACAAUUAAAGAGCCGUAUGUAGUCACGUGUUUCCUGUUUUGUAUUU